AGGGUCACAUGACUGAGCAGAGGGAUCAUGUGAUCGGCAUGUGACCGGCUGCCGCUUCCGGGUUGUGUCUGCAGUGGAGAUGGCGCAGCCUGACAGGGGGAAUCCUUUCUCAGAGCUGGACAACCCGUUCCAGGACCCAGCUGUGACGGAGCACCAGUCCACCGCCCAGUACGCAACACUUGAUGUCUACAAUCCGUUUGAUAACCGAGGGGUGCCUCCUCCAUACCAUGAGCCGUCUGCACAGCCUCCGGCCACUCUGCCCACCUCCCAGCUUCCGCCUACUGUCACUCCAGCAGCCAAGAAACCAAGUCCAACCGAACCCAAAAACUAUGGCUCAUAUGGAACACAGGAAUCCACAGCUGCAGCAGCAGCGGACUUACUACGGCGGCAGGAGGAGCUUAAUCGGAAAGCGGAAGAACUGGAUCGGAGAGAACGAGAAUUAAAGAAUGCUAGUGUUGGAGGAACAACAUUGAGGCAGAAUAACUGGCCGCCCUUGCCAGCCUUUUGCCCUGUGAAGCCCUGUUUCUACCAGGACAUCGAUGUGGACAUCCCGCAGGACUUUCAGAAGACCGUGUCCAUCAUGUACUACCUGUGGCUUGCUAGUGCAGGAAGUCUCCUCCUGAAUUUCGUGGCAUGUCUGGCGUGGUUCAUUGUGGAUGGAUCCCAAGGUUCUGGGUUUGGCAUGUCCAUCCUGUGGAUUGUUCUCUUCACACCCUGCUCCUUCGUGUGCUGGUACCGACCCUUGUACAAGGCUUUUAGGAGUGACAGUUCCUUCAACUUCUUUUUCUUCUUCUUUGUCUAUUUCGUCCAAGAUAUUGUCUAUGUCCUGCAGACUGUGGGGAUUCCUGGAUGGGGAUUCAGUGGCUGGAUUGCUGCUCUCACCGCCAUAAAGACUGUGAAUGUGGGAGUCGCCAUAUUAAUGAUCAUUGUUGCUGUGAUAUUCACAGCGACCGCAGCCCUGGGGAUCAUCAUGCUAAAGAAGAUCCACUCCAUUUACCGCCGGACCGGUGCCAGUUUCCAGAAGGCCCAGGCGGAGUUCGCCACCGGAGUGUUCUCUAAUCCCGCAGUGCGUACGGCGGCCUCCAACGUUGCAGCAGGUGCUGCCCAAAAUGCUUUCAAGCCCUAAGAGAGGAAUAGGCCGCAUAUUGCUGUGCUGGACUGUGUCACGGAACUGUCGCCAGCUCUCGGGCGCUGGUCAGGACGGCUCUGCCUUCUCUAAGUUCAUGUCUGCUUCUGGGUGUCUGACGUGACACGCCCAGCAGCUCGCCUCCGUGGGUGAGUGACCCACAGCCUAAAGGGCCCUAUUCUGUCUGUGCCAUAGUGUUCAUCACCCUUCUCUGCCUGCGGUCAUACCUGUGAUUAUGGGAAGUGCAUGUAUGUUCUGUAACGGGAAGCAUGUUAUGUUCCAAGCCUGGGGCUGUUCCCAGCCAGUACGGUGUGUAUGGAGUGCGGAGACCAGCAAUCCCCAAAUAAAGUGUUUUAUUAAGUCCUC